UCCCCCGCCAAGGGUAGAAGAGCUCAGCUCGCCUGAGCCAAACUGGAGCUCGCCUGAGCCAAACUGGUGGCUGAUGUGUGUGUGGGCAUCCCUGGGUAACCCGCCUCAGCCACGCAGCUGCCCGCCCGCAGGGAGCGGAGGAGCCUGUGGUGAUACACCUGGGGCAUUCCUCACACCAGUAGAAAAAUGCUCGUGCCCUCCUAUUUCAGCCACGUAAACCCUGCCGCUCUUUGUGAUGCGCCCCGUGACACGGAACUCGGUCCCAACACCUUGAGUGCACGUUAUUAACUGAGCUUGUGUUAUUCCUUUGGUCCAGGUAGAGAUCCUCCAACCCAAAGAAGAUGUCAAGACGCAGUAGCCGCUUGCAAGCCAAGCAGCAGCAGCCGCUGUCGUGCCAAGAAGAGUCUCCACAAGAACUGCAGACACCAGAGCAUCUCCAAACCCGAAAAAGGAGAACAGCAGAGCAGGAGAUUAAGAAAAGAGAAGAUGGGAAAAUUGCUAAAAAGCAUCAAUAUGAGAUUAAGAGUUGUUGGCCGCCCACGAUAACAGGAGGCAUCUCACCUUGCAUCAUUAUUGAAACGCCUCACAAAGAAUCAGUAACCACUGACUUCUCAAGAUUCAAAAAGUACAGGUUCAGAAACCUCUUCAUAAAUCCAUCACCUUUGCCAGAACUCAACUGGGGAAAUUCCAAGGACGUCUGGCUCAACAUCCUGAAGAAGGAGAACAGAUACGCUCACUGCAAACAUUUCACCUCCCUACAUUCCAGUUUGCAGCCUCACAUGAGAUCCAUACUCUUAGACUGGCUCCUAGAGGUUUGUGAGGUGUACGCGCUCCACAGGGAAACCUUCUACCUGGCUCAAGACUUUUUUGACAGAUUCAUGUUGACGCAGAAGAACAUUAACAAGAGCAUGCUUCAGCUCAUAGGAAUUACCUCAUUAUUCAUUGCCUCCAAACUUGAGGAAAUCUACGCUCCUAAAAUACAGGAAUUUGCUUACGUCACUGAUGGUGCUUGCAGUGAAGAUGAUAUUGUACGGAUGGAACUCAUUAUGUUAAAGGCUUUAAAAUGGGAACUCUGCCCCGUGACAAUCGUCUCCUGGCUCAACCUCUAUCUUCAAGUGGACGCUCUGAAGGAUGUUCCCAAAGUGCUGCUACCUCAGUAUUCUCAGGAAAAAUUCAUCCAGAUAGCACAGCUCUUAGACCUGUGUAUUCUAGAUGUGAAUUCUUUGGACUUCCAGUACCGCACGCUGGCCGCUGCAGCGCUCUGCCACUACACCUCCAUGGACGUCGUUAAGAAAGCCUCAGGCUUAGAGUGGGAGAGCAUUUCGGAGUGCGUGGAGUGGAUGGUUCCCUUCGUGACCGUGGCGAAAAAAGUCCCCGCCACGCUGAAGAACUUCAAGAAGGUUGCAGCAGAAGAUCAACACAACAUCCAAACACACACCAAUUACUUGGACAUGCUGGAAGAAGUCAACAGUGGAGUAGCAUCUACUGCCCCAGGUGAGUUAUCGCCUGUGUCAACGGGAGGAAUAAUCACCCCUCCCAAAAGUACAGAGAAGAAAUGAGCUAUGGACAAGGAACAGUUUCAGAAACAGGACUUGGUGCUUCAGAACAAGACCACACUAAAGGUGACUCAUGCUCUUCACUGCCAUUCAAGCCUGGGGCAGUAAAAGAGGCAUCAAACAGAGCAGCAGAUGGAAGCUGAGACCCGUGUCCUCCUACAGCCUUGACCCGAGAUCCAUGCUGAGCAGCCCUCCCUGCUCUCACAGGAGCCUGGACCGCUUCGGUCCCUUCUCAGACACGACUUAGUUCAACUCAGACCAUUCCUAACUUAUGAAUUUCAAGAACUCUUUACAGGUGGCCGAGUGGCGCAAGUUUGUCCACUCAACUUACAAGCCAACCUUGCUUUAACUGGGGCCAACCAUAGAGGAGAACGUAACCACAGCUUGUACAUAUUACCUCUUCUUGGUGGUUUUUUUUUUAGGUUUCGUUUUUUUAAUUUUUCUUGGUAAGGCCAGAGCUUCAGGCCUGUCCGUUUGUGACCCAUGAGCUCAGGUGCAGUAUUACAGAGGUCAGGGGUAAGCAGUUUACUUCUCCAAAACCACUCUGCCCUCGCCUUACAGCGCAGCCAGCCCCAGCUCCACCCCAGGCUGACCAACUCAAGGUGGUCCUUCAGGGCUGCAGCAAACUUCAGUUCUCAUGCAUGCACAGACUGUGCUGCCCAACCAACCUUAACUGGAAGAAGUACAGUCCUUGAAGGAAAGAGUUGUAUUUUACAAGAUCCAGCCACCGACUGCCAACAACCACCACCACAAGAAGAACUGGAGAGGGCAUGGCAACCAACUGACCCGCUGGUACUCUACAAACCACUCACGGUGUAGGAACAGUAUUUUAAACUAACUGUGGAGCUGUGUUUUUAUCAGUGUUUAUAAACAGCAUUAACUACUGUGUUUUCCUUGCAAUACUCACUACCUCUGCCUCUGAGGUGCUUGGCUCCUGCGAUGAAGGGACAGGACAGUCCUGGGAAGGAGGGGGAUCGCUCCCUCCUCCCCCUUCAAGGUGCUCCUGCCCCUGCCCCACAUCCAGGGAGAAGGUGCUGGUGCUGCACGAGAGCAUCAGGUGCCACCCACAGCCACGUUGAACCCGUGCUCUUGGCAAACUUGAAUUCCUGUCGUCUCGAAACAAGCCAUUGUGGAACCAGUUGCUUCCAGCCUUCUGUACACUUUGUAAAAAUAAGGGGUUUAUUAUAAGAUUUCCUCUAUUUCUAAAAAAGAAAGAUACUAGCCUGUAAAUGUUGUAUAAAAAUUUAAAUGAAUUUUAAAAAUAAAGUCUUCAAGGAUUUUUUUUUCCCCA